AUGGCAUCUCCGUGUGCCUAUAACCAGCACAACCACAACCAGAUCGCGGCGACCACUGGCUGGUUCCCCUGCACUGCGCAGACGUUUCUCGAGUACGGGUGUGAUGCAGGACUCAAGGCGACGUACCAUGCGGCAGCGCGGGCCGACGAGGACGUGGUCAUCACCGAGUGGGAGCCAGCGGGCUUGCCUGACGCGGCGGCGGCGACGGGGGUGGCGCUGGGCGAGCUGACUCGGGCCUACGAGCGGAUCUGCACCUUUAACGCGGUGGGCAUUCCGUUUCCGGCGGCCAUCGCCUCGGUGGUGGGGACCAACACGGUGGGCAUGACCGAGCGCCAGCUGCUGGUCUUUACCCGCGAUGGCAAGUUCUUCACCCAGGCCGACUUUGGGCCCAACCUCAUGGCCACCUUUUUCAACGCCCGCGUCGUCUUCCGGGUUGUUGACGAUGCCGCUGCCGGCGCGGCGCUGCUGAUGGAUCCCGAGGUGGCGUCAGGCGUGCAGAGCACGACUCAGCUGGAGGCGCUGCGGGCAGAGGCCGGCGUGCCGGGCAUUGUGGUCGAGGCGCACUGUCGCAUCUCGUUCUCCAUGCCGCUCCUCGGCUCGGUCUUUGAGGUCUUCAUCAUUGGCCUCGCCACCUCGUCGGCCUCGAUGUACAUGAAGUACUUUCGCGAGUGGCUUGCUGCGCCUGACGACCGUCCGGUCGUGCCGCUCCCGCACAUCUACGGCGAGCUCCGCCCGAUCCCGCCGGCGCUCUCCACCUCGCUCGCCUCGGACGCCUCGGCACUUUCAGCCGCCUCGGCCGCCACUCUCUAUCACGACACCACCCAGACCAUGGAUGGCGACACGAGCCUGGUUGAGAGUGACGACGGCGACGCUGCCGCCGCGAGCCAGCGUGAUCCGCUCGCCGCCAUGGCCGCGCUCGUAGCCCGUCUCGAGGCCCGGCUUCACGCUGCGCUCGCCCGCGUCGACGAGCUCUCGGCUAUGGUCGACGCCCACACCCGCGCAUCGUCGGCCGCGGCGCCGGCGUCGUCGUCGUCGUCGUUCCAGCGCUCCAUCCGGGCCAACCCGGGUGCGCCGCGCUCCCGCGUCGCCGCAGCCUCCAACCCGUCGUCGUUCUCGCUCGCUGCCUUUGUCAUGGACGCGCUCCAGCUCGCCACCUCGCUCCUCGGACGUAUCCUCCGCAUCCUCCGCUCCAUCCCCUCGCUCGUCGUUUACUUUGUGCCAACUCUUGUCACCCUCCUCUUCACCAUCCUCCGUUGGCGCAUCACGCUUGCACGGGUCUAG